GGAUUCAUCUGAGGUCGUUUCACAUGUAAAUACUCAGUCAGCUGUAAUUUACGAGGCGAGCAGUGGACGGUGUGAGCUGCUAAAUCGCAUCAGAAGUUGUAGACGCACGAUGUGGAUCAAGUGAAACGGCCAGAAACGAGCAGUUCCGCGUUGUUUUGAUGCUACCAGCUAAACACUAGCCGUAAAGCAGGACGUGGUAUAUUUUACGACUCCGGUGUGACAUUAUCACAGCGCUAGGAAAUGUGUCGGUAAAUGAAGAUGUUUGUGUGAAUACGCACAUCGUCAGGUCGGUUAGCCUCUCUGGUUUGUUCUAUAUUUUUGUUAUACGCGAAUAAGAUAAUUGUGUAAAAGAUUGAGAGCGCGGGUUGGUUGAACGUUUUUAGCAAAGAUGUCAACAGACACAGACUUAUGCAGAGCUAACUAGCUAGCCUCUGCUAGUUAGCCGUAUUGUUGCACUUUUGGCACAGAGACGCUGUGCAAGCGCAACGAAAAACACGUCCACCCUGGUUUAAGUACACAGCCGUAUGUAUUAAACUACAGCCUGAGCUGCGUGUGUGAGGUUCGUCUGACGUCUCUGGCUGUGAAGGCUCGAUUCAUGUAAACAUGUCAGCGCAAAAAGACUGCGACUUUCUGGUGAGAAGAGCCCGGGAGCUGGUGUCUGAUGAUCCCUGUGCGGCCAAAGCCUGGCUCAUCACAGCCAGGACCCUGUACCCUGCAGACUUCAACAUACAGUAUGAAAUGUACAACAUUGAACGCAAUGCAGAGAGGACCGCCUCUGCAGGGAGACUCCUGUAUGACAUGUUUAUCAACUUUCCAGAUCAACCCACUGUGUGGCGGGAGAUCAGUGUCAUCACAGCUGCCCUACGCGGUGACUCUCAGGACAAGCAUGCACAGUUUCUCCGAGGACUUUUUGAGACACUUCCUGGCCGUGUGCAGUGUGAAAUGCUUCUGAAAGCCACCGAGCAGUGUUUCAACACUUUGGAGAAGGCAGAAAUGCUGCUGCUUCUUCUGAAGCGCUUUCCUGAGUCUGUGGUCCAACACGGGGUCAAUUUAGGAGAGACGCUACUGGAGGCGGAGGUGUCAGAGAAUGUGGAGACUCCCGUCAACUGCUUCAGAAAACUGUUUGUGUGUGAUGUCCUUCCUUUGGUCAUUAACAACAUGGACAUGCGCUUGCCGGCCAGCCUGAUGCAGAAAUACAUGCUGAAAGCAGCUGAAUUCUAUAUUGGUUAUGUUACCCGUGGGCCCUCACCUGAUGUACAGAUACAGGGCUCUCAAGAAGCUGGAUCGCUGAAGUCACCCAACAUGUCCCGUGGCUCCCAGCGCUAUGUGAUUGACGGCCUGUCUGAAAAGUCUUCAGUGGUAGCAGAGCCUUGGGAGCGGCUGUUGGAUAUCCUCGCUGUGGUUGGAGCUCGCUGCGAGUGGCAGGGAGACAAGGGACAGAGGACUUAUGUGGACAUGCUGCUGAGGGUGAAGGAGUUGUGUCGCUACCUCCCUGGUCUGGAAGGAGAGACUCGGUCCCGCUGCUGCAGCCAAGUGGUCAUCUGUGCGGCACUCGUCCUCUUCCGCAGCGCCUUUCUCUAUGUCUCAUCUGUUCAGCCUGCACUGUUCCAGGCCGUGAAUGCGCUGAGUUCGGGGCCAUGGAUCCUUGUAGAGGAUUUGAGUUCGGUGUAUAAUGAUCUGGAGCUGGAGAGGGGAGCUGUGAAACAUGCACACAAGAAACGCAAACUGGCUGAUGGGAGAGAGAAGACUAUGAGCUCCGAUGACGAGGAAGGGUUGGGAAAAGGCCGUGGUCGACACAUCAUCGUAAACAAGACUGAGAUGCCCAGCUGGUCAGAGACUCUGGAGAGCUUCCGCACGGCGAGGGAGAGCUGGGAUCUGCUUCACUCCCAUGACGGCCUGGAAACUGAGUUCAAGAAGAUCUGUGCCUCUUGGAAGACAGACAGCUGGUUAUGGUUCAGAAUAUUCCUCACUGACAUGAUCAUAUAUCAGGGACAGUACCGUAAGGCCCUCUCCAGCCUGCACCAGAUGGCUGCAGUGCUGCAGCCUCAGCCAGGGCAGCAGAGCCCCUCAGGUCAGGUCAGUCUGGAGCAACACAGGGCCCUCAUACAGCAGGCCUCCUGCCACUACGCACUGGGAGAGUACAGGAUGGCCUGUGAGAAGCUGCUCGAUGUUGUAAGUGGGCUGAAUCCCCCAAACCAAGAACCAUCAAAGACCCCAGAAGAUCAGGGAAGAGUCAAGGCCAAAAUGAGGAAAGGCAAUGACCUGCGAUUGCUGCCCUGCACCAGCAAAGCUGUGUUACCUUUCUGUCUCCAGCUCAUGCUCGCCUGCUUCAAGCUCCGUGCCUUCACAGACAAUCGUGACGACCUGUCCCUCGGUCAUGUGGUGGUGCUUCUGCAGCACGACUGGCCACACGGGGAGAUGCUGUUUUUAAAGGCGGUGGAUAAAAUCUGUCAGCAAGGCGGUUUGCAGUACGAGAAUUUCUUCAACUAUGUCACCAAUAUUGACAUGCUGGAGGAGUUUGCAUAUCUGCGUACUCCAGAGGGAGGUCGAAUUCAGCUGGAGCUGCUGCCCAAUCAGGGAAUGCUGAUCAAGAACCCUAGUCCCGCCUUGGGGGUGGAGUUAAACACCCUACUACUACAAGGGGUGCAGGCGAUGGACAGGUACCCCAGGCCCCUCCUCCCAGAGUCCCUCAUUCUUCCCCCACACCAGUCACCCUUCCUUCAUUUCCCAACCUCAAGGCUUGUCAUCCCCCCAGUUUUGACACCACACGGUGACGCGGGGAAUCACCAAAGGAGUGAAAGAGGAUUUCCGUCUGGCCAUGGAGAGGCAGGUGUCGCGUUGUGGGGAGAACCUCCUGAGCGUGCUUCACCGUUUCUGCAUCAAUGAAAAAAUCAUCAUCAUCCAGUCUCUUCCUUGACACCAGGACUGUGACAUUUGAAUCUGUUCGUAACAGAUAUUCAAGACACAGAUUUAACGCAGCUGGACUGACCUCAUGACCUUAACAGCUGCGGUUGCUGUCUCAACAAAAGGACACAUCACUUUUAGCUCUCGUCUCUUUUUCCUCUUUAAUUGUACUCGAAAAGUUGUCUUGCCUUUAAAAGUGGAUCUAUCUUUUCAAAAAGUUGGAGAAAAGACUGGUUUUGCAAACAUACAAUGCUCUUGCAGUUUUCGCAGAAUGUGCAUCGUUUUCCUUUUUACCACAAUAUGUGCUUUUAACCACAUUUGAAGUGGUUUAAUCAUAUUGUGAUAUUUUGUGGAAGUCAGUGUUGAUAAAAGAAUCAAGUGCGUUUUUGAUAUUCUCUGGUAAUGUUUAUUGUUUUUGUUACAAACCUGAUCAACUUGUUAGUUUAUGUAAAUGUCAACAUUAAAUGUCAUUUGAAUUGUUUCAAGAA